AUGAGCGACCCUGUCUCUCAGAAGCCUUCCAAGCCCAAGCUGCCCGUGCAGCAGCUGACGAUUCUAGCCUUGGCGAGAUUCGCGGAACCACUCGCGAGCACUUCCAUCUUUCCAUAUCUCCCUCAGAUGGUCCGGGAUUUCGGCGUUGAAGAGAACGAGGUUGCCAAGUGGGCCGGCCUGACAUCCGCCGUCUUCUCCCUAUUUCAGAGCGCGGCUGCUGUGCCCUGGGGUAAGGUUGCAGAUCGGUGGGGGAGGAAACCGAGUCUGAUCGUCGGCCUGUUCUGCACCAUGGUGUGCUUCUUGGUAUGGGGCUUGUCAACAAGCUUGCCCAUGGCCAUUGCGGUGCGGGCUGUUCAGGGCGCCAGCAACGGGAACGUGGGCAUCAUCCGUACCGUGGUGGCUGAGCUCGUCCCCGAGAAAGAGCUCCAGCCCCGCGCGUUCUCCGUCAUGCCGCUCGUAUGGUCUCUCGGCUCCGUUGUCGGUCCAGCCUUUGGUGGGCUUUUCGCGGAUCCUGCCCGACAAUACCCGGCCCUGUUCGAGGGUGUUUGGUUCUUUGAAAAGUUUCCCUACGCUCUUCCUAAUCUGAUUGCCGCGCUCUUCUUCCUCGUCUCUCUGACCAGUGCAACGCUCUUCCUCAAAGAAACUCUGGCUUCCAAACGAGAUCAAGGUGAUUGGGGCAUCGAGUUCGGUAAACGCCUCGGCCGAGCCCUCUCGCGUCGACGCACCCAAGACCACCAACGGCGCCAAUCGUUUGUGGACGGCGAAGCCACUGCCCCCCUCCUGGCCAGCAACGUGCAAAACGGACGCAAGAAAACUGCAAACUCGCGCGCCCAUCGAUUUAUCGACAUCUUCACCAACCAGACCGUCCUCAUCAUGUUUGCCUACUUUUUCCUCGCAUUUCACUCCGUGGCAUACGACCAAAACGUGACCGUGUUCCUCAACUACCCCGUCGUGGAACACACCCCUGAAAACACCAAGCUUCCUUUCUAUUUCAACGGAGGCUUCGGGCUGGAAUCGGGAAUGAUUGGCACAAUCUUCAUGUUUUACGGCAUCGCGUGCGGCCUUGUCCAGUUCAUACUAUUCUCUCCCAUGGUUGCUCGAUGGGGCGUGCUGAACUGCUACAAAGCGUGCUGCGUCGUGAUGCCAUUCGUGUACCUCCUCACACCGUAUACCUCGCUGUUUCCAACCUAUACGACGCGCAUGCUGGCCCUGGCCUUUGUCCUCGCCCUCAAAGCGUUCUCCAUCAUUGUCGCUUUUCCCGCCGUCGUCAUCCUGCUGACAAACGCCUGCACCUCGCUCCGUAUCCUCGGCACGCUGAAUGGGUUCGUCACCAUGUUCAGCGGCUUCGGCAGAGCCAUUGGCCCAGCUAGCACCGGCCUGGCGUUUACCUGGGGCGCCAAGCACGGGUACAUCAUCGCCGCGUAUUUUUUUCUCGCCUUGAUGGCUAUUCUAGGCGCCAUUCCUGUCUUUUGGGUAGUCGAAGGUGAAGGUCCCACCGCAUCCCCGGACAAUAGCGACGUGGAGGACAACGAUACUUUGGUUGGGAGCAGCUUGCUCGCGAACGCGUCCGCCAUUGAGGACUCGGACGACGACUCACGCGAAUCAGAGCCUCUGCUUGGCAGCUCACAGCCUCCCACCACAUACAAGACGAGCGAUUCUCGUGCGCGAAACUAA